UUCCACUGGAGUGUGUCUCCAUACAGUCGUCGUACCCUUUGUUGCCAGAGACAAAAAUCGAUCAACACGGGUAAAAUACGGUUGAGCAUGCUUCCCUGACAGAUCGCCGCGGUUAUUGGCAUAAUUGCCACAGCAUAACAGUUACGAGAGGCCUGUGUACGUCUUGUCCAGCCAUUGAGCACACGGCUAAGUAUAUUUCUAAACGAGCAAAGCCAAUACGUCACAUAAUCGAUUAACCUUUUCACUGAACCUAUUCCACAGCGUUAUAACUCUCAUCGGGCGGUAGUCUCGCAAAGUACUGCACAUUCCAGGCCGGUUCUUAAAAAAAGGAGACGAGCUUCUUGUAAGAAAAGUUCUGUAUGCUGUCGUGAAAUUUGAACAGUUGAUUUUGUGACGACAACUGCAAUGCCGCAGCAUCUAUUAAUGUCCGGGAAAAAACGAGCCUCCCCACUUGCGAGAGGGAGUUCUGAGUUGUCGGCAUUCUCUGUAUUCUGCGGUUGUCAACGUCCUGACAGUAUCGGGAGUCUGAUUGUUGCUUUCGCAGUGAGUGGAUAGGAAACAAGGCUCCGUCGCAAAAUGGCAGCCGCGGCGCGGGUGACAAAAGAGUUACAAAAGAUCAAGGACCAUCCCACCAAAUUCCCCAACGUUAGCGACAGUUACCAAUACAGUGAGCAACUCUUCAAAGACGCCUGCCUGGCCUUACACGGCAUCAUCCUUCAAGAUAUUCACUUGGGUAAAAGGGAACUACUCAAAGACCCCAAGUUCUUGCAGGGUCGGCUGUACGACACCUGCACCUACAUCCUCUCUCGUCAUGAGAAGGACCUCGAGCAGAUCAUCCUGGAGUACGACCACCCGAAGCUCAAGUACCUCCGCAGCAGGACGGUGGUGCAGCCCAAGGUGGACCUCAUGCUGGCCAAGAGGCGACCUGAGCUGGUCUUCGUGUCCGCGCUGAUGAUCCGCAAGAGCAGCACCGGCUACGAGCCGGACGUGCGGGAACCCCGAUCGGACAUGGCCCGCCUGGCUUACAUGAUCCUGGAGCGGUGUUGCCGCUGGGGGUUCUACCUCUGGGUGGGCACCCUGAAGGAGCUGCGGGCCUUCGAGAUGGUCUACAGCUUCUCGGAGCUGGUGCAGGCCGAGGGCACCAAGACCAGCCAGAUCGUGCUAAAGCGUGACGCAAUCCUUCUCCCUCGAGUAGGCAAACCGCUCCCCUCGUCCUUCAGGAAGACGCUGCUCGUCAACCGCGUAGACCCAGAGUUCUGUCUUCGGCUGUAUAGGAUCGAGCCGGAGAUGACCAUGUGGGAAGACAAAGAGGAAGACGUCAUUCGACUGCAAGACUUCUAUAGCAGCUCUAAGCAGCUGCACACCAGCUACGGGACGUGGGGAGUCUUUGAACAGAUGCAGAACGUUCGACGGCAAGUGAUGAAAGUCCGCGACUAUACCGAUGCUGCCCUCUACGAACGAGCCCACGCCAUGUUGAUGAUGGCCCGGGUCAUGUUCACCGAUCUCGUGGUGGUCAAGAAACUAGACGAGCGGGAUAUCGACGAGACGGAUUUCUUGAAGAGAGUGAUGGAUAAGUUGAAGGCUCGCAUCCGGGAGGGUCUCCGGGACAGAGAGAGUAGCUCAUCGGAGGGCGAUCAGUGAAAAGCAGGGAGAUCGGGCGCGGACAGGAGAGAAACAGAAUUGGACAAAAUUCCUAUGUGUUGAGGAAAGAAACGUUUCGUGCAUGAGAAACUGCGAAUUACAAAUCUCCCUUAUGUGAGUUGGUAACCAAUCCCUGCUUGGCUUUCGGCUGCAAGCAACGGUUGACUGAUUUGGGCAGCUGGUUGAGGAUCUAAACCACUCUUGUGACGUCACCCUAUUCAGAAAAGUGUCAAUUAUUUGUAUUCAGAAUGUACAGAAAGCUGCACAGUCUUAAAAAAAACAGACAGAUCCAAAUUGACUUGAUAGACACAGAAAAAGCAGUUGUGACACUGAAUUAUUUCUACGUCAAACACAUUGAGAAACGCUAACAACAGUUAAAUACACCGUUUUAAACGUUCUACGAGUUGAUGUUCUCUCUGAAUAUUUAGAUUUGACGCACUAACGUUUUCUGUUGUGAUUUUCAUUUAAAGUGAAACACUCCUUUCAUUACACUUAUACAUUUUUAAUGUCUUGUUCGUUUUUAUAAGUACUCCUUCCAUUUUGUUUAAUUUCAUCAUUUUCUUGAAGUUCAUUUUUACGUAUCUAAACUGUNAAAAUAUAAUGUUUAUUUGUUCUUGUGUUUUUCUUUUUAAAUUUCGCAUUUAGCCAAUUUACGGGAAGAGUUCCAUAUA